CUACAAAUGGAAAAUCACGAUCUCCAUUAUUUGUUGAGCAUGGAUUAUUAUUAUAUAUUGUUUAAUCACUGAUCGCCGGAUCGAUCGAGUAUACUUAUAUAUCGACACACGAGUACCUUGCGAGCGAUAGGAACGCUCCCGAAAAUUCGGAAUCGACGAGAGACAUAUCUGAGAGUUCUCUAUUACUCGAGAGACACACGCACGAUAUUUUGAGGAGCGCCUGACACUUGGCAGACCUCGCGUGUCGCCGAAAGUUCGACUGAAAUUUUAAAAUCUGGUCAAGAUCAAGAAUUCUUCAGUCAGUUCACGAGCACACUGUCGCACACACACACACACACAUCCGAGCAUCCGAUAGUAGAAGAAGAAUCGAGGGAAUUGCGCAAUCCAGUUGAAGCUUUAGGACUCGCACGUCCGAGUGUCUGAGAAUCGCGCUGGACCCGAGGACAUCAAGAAUUCAACAUCUGUAGAAAGGACAUCCGUGAGAGAUUCAAGUCUCUCUCUCUCUUUCUCUCUUUCUAAUGACUGACGGAGACGACGAUCGAGCGACGCAACGUAUUGUUAGGGAUCGGAAAUAAAAAUAUCUUGCAGGCUGCAGAGGGACGCGCGCGCUCACGUUGAUACGAAUGUAAACAGUCGUAGCAGUCGUGACGAAGCGUGUACCGGCGGUGUACAAUGUAAUUAUCGCCUGAUUCGCGUCGGCAAGCUCAGCAAAUAUGAAUCUCGAGGUGGAGUUGAUCGCUGGGGUGAUUAAGGGCGGCCCACCCCCGGCGCACCUACCAGCACCGAGGCUCAUCAAAAUAUUCAUCGCCGGCGAGAGGAACGACUUUCCGGAAGAGCGCAAACAGCUGCUAGAGGUGGUCGGUCCGGAAUUGCAAUCGAUCUACGAUGACAUAGGAAUCGAGGUGCUCCUGGUGGACAUGCAAUAUGGUACCAGCGACGACCCGGACGCCAACCCACGUCUCGCGGAGUUUUUUCUGGAGGAGAUCAGCGCAUCCCAUCGACAUUCCAGGGGAUGCUUUCUUUUGCUGUUGGCAGGAACAGAAUACACCGCAGGAUGGGUACCUACGGAGCUGAAGAAGACCACCUUCCAAGCUCUUCACGCGCAUUGUGUCAUUCUCGAGGAUUAUUACGAGCACAAUGGGCAGUCCUACGUUCUGAAAGCAAACAGCGUGGAAACAGCUCAGUGCGAGUGGCAAAAGAAUCAAGAGCCGGAGCUGCGUCAAGGACUGAAAACCGCCGCGGAGGCGGCGAUCCAGGAGCAACCGGAUAAUCAAGAACUGAGGUACAUACUGAGGAGCACAGCGGAACGGCAGCUGGAAUACGGCCUAAAUCUGGAUCAGCAGGGUUUGGGAAUAAUGGCCGUGAUCCGCGAGUGGACGGGCGACGAUGCGCCGACGUGUGCACCGAAGGCUGACGAACUCAAGACUCGUGUCGAAACGGUCCUACCUCACGAGAACGUGUUACAUUUACCCGUGGAAUACUGCAACGGUGGUAUCGACGCUGACUACAACAGCCACGACAAUUACCUCGGCAAAUUCCGCCAGCUCAUACUGGAUAGGCUCCAGCAGCUGGUGAACAUGUCCGUAGAGGUCGACCCGGAGAUCAAAAGCCGCAAGAAGAUGGUUCAGGAGGUUUACGCCGAGAGUAUGGCGCAUUUCACGCUCCUCCGACAAUUACCAUUGGCCGACGAGAGCGACGAGACUGUGGAGCUGGUGAAGCAACUUAUCCUUGCAGGCAAGGAGCAUAAGCACGGACCCAUCCUGAUCUACGGGCCCAAGUCGUCCGGCAAGUCAUCCAUCCUCGCGCGUAUCUACCAGGAUUCACCCAGCUGGUUCGCAACGCCGACGCUCCGCGUCGUCCGACUGUGCGCCUCGACGCCACGUUCCGCCUAUAGUUUGGAGCUCCUUCGCAUCCUUUGCCAGCACGUCGGUUUUCUCGCCGGUGACAAUGACGGCAAUCUGCCGCGCGACGCCUCCUUCGAUCCGCUCUAUCUCAACAAUUGGUUCAGCCUCAUUAUGCGCCGCGUCGAGGAGCAUCCUCUGCCGGAUCAGCUAGUCAUUCUGUUCGAUGAUCUCCACCGUUUCCAUCCGCUCGAGUGCGACAUCGUCGCCGCGCUGUCAUGGUUGCCGCUCACGCUUCCCGCGGGCGUCCACUUCGUCGCGACUACUGCAUUACCGCCCGAGGGGAUGCGUCUGACACCGCUUCAGAAAGAUCGUCUGCGCGCCGCCGACGUCCUCGUCGACCUCACCGGGCGCACGUGCAUGUCAUCGCGUAUCGACACGACCCUGGAACAUCUGGAGAGUCUAAUCGGGCUCGACGCGGCUACGCGGAUCGCUUCGGUUCUCGCUUGCACUGAAUACGGCCUGUCGGAGACGGAGAUACUCGAGCUGAUCAUGCCGACCGGCGGAGAAGGGCCGUUACUCUUGCAGGAGAGUCAAUUCAACUUUGCGACCUGGUGCCUGGUCAGAAGAACGUUCGCGCCGUGGCUCAGGGUACGAGUGAUGAGCGGCCGAUUGCUGUUCUCCUGGCGCGGCCAAUGCCGCGAGAUCGCUCUGAGGAAGUAUCUCUCGAAUCAAGAUAUUUCCCGCGGUUACUACGCCGAAUUGGCCAGCCUCUUCUUCUCCGAGGACGCUGACGACAGCUCGGACAAAUCUGCCGGCAAUCCAGCGGCCUCCUCGCCACCCGCCAAGGAAACACCGUUUCAAAGCGCGCCGCGAAGCCAAGAUGUCACAUACACACUGCGACACGUCGAAGAAGCGUGGUUGCAUCUCCUGCGCGCCUCCGACGUCGACAAACUGAAGAAACUGGCCGUCUGCGCGUUCGACUUCCUCCUCGCGGCCGUUCAAAUGAUCUCCGUCAGCUACCUCCGUUGUGUUCUCGAACACGCGAGGCGGUAUCUUCUAGAGCGCGACCUGGAGCUUGUGUAUUAUGCCGUGAGGAAGUCCAGCGACGUUCUCACCAGGGAUCCUCUUCAGCUUGCGGCGCAGCUCAUCUGUUGGUUGAGACCGGUCGCCGAGGACGGCGGUGACCUCGUUAGUAGAAUGGUCAUGGCGGCUAUGGCUUGGUGCGACGGUUACACCGCGCCUCUGCUUGUGCCCUUGAACGGGUGGCUGCAGCCGCCUCUGCCGUUGCAGAUCCGAGCGCUUACAUGUCCUCAAGGGGUCAAGCUGAUUGAAGCGGCACCAUCCGGCCAGCACGUCGUCGUCGUGCCGCCGCAGGGUGAUGCUCAGUUGUGGCACGUCAUGUCUGGUCAGCUCGUCCAUACGUUUAAAGGACACUCCAGUCCCAUCUCAUGUUUAGCCGUCACCCAUCAGUCUCAGUAUUUGCUAACCGGCUCUGAAGACACUUCCAUCAUCGUAUGGGACAUGAAAGAACUCGUCAUGAAACGCCGGAUUUGUGAACACAUCGCGCCUGUCCUCACUUUAACCACGGCUCUCAACAACUCGGUCAUCGUGAGCGGUGGCGAGGAUUCCAGAAUCAUCGCUACCAGCUUGCUCACCGGCGAGGUGCUGAUGAAGGUCGAUCAUCAUCGUGGCCCUGUCACUACCAUUCGCGUUAAUUCAGCCGGGGAAGUCUUGGUUUCCGGGUCGGCCGACAGCACGGUGUGUCUGUGGUCUUUGGAAAGUUUCACCCUUCUCAACAGCAUUGUUCUUCCAUCUCCGGUAGCCAUGCUGGAUGUGUCCGCAGACUCGGUUUUCCUUCUAGCUGCUUGCGAGAAUCAGAAGCUCUAUUUGAGAUCUUUGGCGACGGGCACGGAGAUACACACGCUCAGAGGACAUCAAGGUCCGGUUAAGAGCCUCUGUUUGGCAAAGGAUUGCAGAAGAGCCAUUGCGGGAGGCAUCGAGGGCAGAGUAUCCGUGUUUGAUAUGCACAGUGGGAGAUUGAUCAAAACCUUACCCGCUAAUCCAUCAACGAGCGUCACUUCGGUCAAAGUGACUGAGAAAGACGACUUUCUCAUAACCGGCGGAGGAGGUCGUGUGACAUACUGGAGCUUCCGUGGCGAGGAACCACCGCCGAAACCGCAAAAACCUGGCAAACAAGACACUCUACAACCGCACACUGCGCCGAUAUCCUGCUUGGACAUCUCCAGGGACGGUGUCAUGGCUGUCACCGGCGGCGUCGACUCUCUGGUUAACCUCUGGCAGCUCAACACUCACGAGUUGUUGUCUACCUUGGAGGGACAUAUCGCUAGCGUCACGUGCAUUGCGUUUUCCGCGUCGGGACUCUUCGUAGCGUCUGGAUCUGAAGACAAGACAGUACGUGUAUGGGGCUUAACGCUGGGCCUCGUUGUGGCCACUUUCAGACACCAAGCGCCGAUAACUGCUGUCACUGCUAUGCUAGACGGCAGGAGAGUAGUCAGUUCGGAUCGGGCUGGGACCAUUAGAGUCUGGGCGGCAGAUAGUGGCACACUGAUACAAUCUGUUUGCGGACCCGGGCGAUGCUUCGCUGUCGCGUCUGACAUGAGAUACGCGGUGUGCGGAUCCGACGAUAACCAGGUGCGCAUAAUCAGCUUGGGCGUCGGUCCCGAAGAGAAGCAUCAGGUGUCGCAUUCGCAGGACAUCACGUGUCUGGUAGCGACGCCGGAUUCCCAAUAUCUGAUCACCGGUUCGCGCGACAUGAGCCUGAAGGUGUGGCAGUUGGCUGGCGGCAAGCUCUCCCAGGUCUUAGUCGGCCAUACCGAUCAUGUGACUUGCGUGGCGGUCGCGGUGCUCGACAAGUCUAUAGUGGUGUCCGGCUCUCGAGACGCUAACUUGAUCGUCUGGGACAUCAACACCGGCGCUGACUUGCACACUCUCACAGGUCACCUGGGUUACGUGACCUGCGUGCGAAUCUCGGGCGAUGGCACUCUAGCCGCUUCCGGCAGCGAGGACAAGAGUCUCAUUGUCUGGGAUACCAAGAAGGGCACUUCGCUCAGUUCCAUCAUGCUACACGUGCCGGUACUGGGUGUCGAGAUAUCCACCGAUUGUUCGAGAAUGGCGGUGCACUUGUUGGAACACAAGUGCAUGCCUAUUCUCUGUCUACACAAUACACCCGCGCAGUAUGUCAAACUACCGCCGUACGUGGCGCCGCGAGAUCUCAGGCCCCCGGGGCCGAAGCGGCCUGCCAGGCGGUUGUUGAAAAAGGAAGUGUCUUUGGAUACUUACACCUGGCAGCGGAAAUACGGGCAUCUUACGUCAGGCAUUAUAGUCUCAAGCGUCGAGGAGCGCCUGAAGCGUCGCUUCAGCGUGAGCGCAUCGAUGGAAGAAAUCAGUAAAGCGGACUUGAGUGGCUCACAAUCCGGGCUCGGACCCGAGCAAGCCGCUUUGGCGCAAUCCCAGCACUUUGACCAAUUAGAGGCGCUUUGGAACAAGCAAUCUCCGCCGCCAAGACCACGGGGCCUAGCACGAACAUUGACGAAACAAAGCUCGCUUCAAGCUACUCGGAUAUCGGAUUCUGAAGAGGAUGUACCGGAUUAAAUGGCAGAAUACUUUCCAUCGCCGAUUCUCGGCUGAUCGUCAAGUAUAUUUAAGCUACAAAAUGUCCUUCCAUGUCAUUCGAUGCAAUAAAUAAAGAUAUAUCAGAGGUAUUAGACUAGCAACAACA